GGGCGAUGGCGAUGGCGGUGGCGCUGUGCUGCGAUGGCGCGACUCCUCGAUUUGUACUAGGGAUAUCUCGCACGGCGGCGAGCAAGCGAGCGCGGCUUGGCAGGAGCCGGCUCACCGCGUGCAAUGCGAGUGGAGGAAGCGACAAGAUUCCAAGCAAUCGAGGCUUGGGGGUCAUCGGUGGCGCUCUGUUUGGAGCGGGAUUUAUUCUCGGGCCUCUUCUAGACGCCAUUCAUUCGAGCGUUGAACUCCAAGUCUAUGACAAUUGGGCAAUCAACAUCGGGCCCCUUCGCACCAAUCUCUGGGUGUUUCCAAUUCUUGGGACGUUCUAUGGUGUUGUUGGAUUGUUGCAUCUAGCACUUGACGAGCAAUUCGCUAGGAACAGGCCGAUUCGACCUCCAAGUUUUGAGAAGCUAGCUCUGUGUUUUGUAUAUUUGGUUCUCUAUCUUGAGCUGAGCGCUCAAUUAUACCGAGCAAAUGUGCCUUACAACAUCGAAGCAUAUAUACUGUUUGCCGGCGCUCAACUCAACUGGGCUUUAUUUGAAGGCACAGUGCAUGGCUUUGCUCUUGCGAGCCUUGUUGGUGUGUUGUGUCCUGCCUUGGAGAUUCCCAUCAUCAAGUGGUUUCAUUUGUGGCACUACUCGAAUCCGAAUAUAUUCAUUUUUGACGAGGGUGUUGUUACCUGGGUCAUAUGUUGCUACUUUGCGUAUACACCGUUUCUAUCCAAUCUUUCGAGGUGGCUCAAAGCAAACAUUACCGCUCCAUCGACGGAGAAAGAAUGAUAUUGGAAACGCUGGCACUCCAGCAAAGCUAUAUACAAAUAUAUCUACUUAAGAAAACCUGAUUUUCAUAUCAAGCAUUAGUCAAGUCAUUGUUGAUGGUGGCUCCGGUUCCAAGCUCGACGUAGCAGGGAAACUUUGUGGGACGACAGGGCUUCGCCGCGUUGCCAUAUUCAAACCGGAACCACACCUUCACAGUGUUCUUCAUUGCCGCGUCAUUGAUGAGCUUCACGCCCCGGUUGAUGUUUCGAGUCUGAGGGAAGAUGUUCCGAGGCCUCCCUGUUCCCGAUUAUGUGACCGUGUCUCCUUCACUCACUUGCGAAUCGCGACUUUGGUGUUGGUGCCACUGCCGAGAUUGCUCCUGCGAAUUUCAGCGUAGAGCCACUCCACCACUUGGUAGUUGGAUUUGCAUCGUCUAAACUCUCCACCUUGACUGAUUGAGCAGGAGUCCAGCCAUUUCUUUGAGCCAUUGGUCCCCUCCCACUGGAAUGGUACGUUGCGCCGGACGAUUCCUCAUUGUCGCAAAGCUGAUAUGUCCGAAGGUAAAUUUCUUGCUAGUUUUAUAUUCCUUUACAGUAUCCUCCAGGUGUGGGAAAGUGAGUUGGACAAGACAAUGCGCUAGUUUCUUUGACGAGAAUAAGUCAAGCUUCGUGGUUCUUUUGAUCUAAACUUCUAAGUUUUCUUUUUUACUUUUGCGUGAAGGAUGGAUCUCCAAAGAGAACUUGUACUAUGAUUCAGCGAAUAACAUUGAUUGAGAAGAAAGAACAUUUCAUGGAAA